AUGGUCAAGAAGAGCUUGAAGAAAAAGAAGCAAGGAGCCCCUGGCGAAGCGGCAGCCAAGGCGGCCUUCGUUGCCUCCAAGGCCAAGAAGAGCAAGAAGCCGCCGCCCAAGGUUGAGGAGCCCGAAGAGGACGAAGAUGAUGAGGAUGAGGAUGAGGAGGAAUCGCAAGAGAUGGACGAUGUCGAGGACGAUGAGGGCGAAGAAGAAGAAGACGAGGAUGAGGACGAAGUUGCCGGCUCGCUCAAAGUGUUCGUUGGCAACAUCCGCUGGUCUCAGGACGAAGAGGCCGCGAUACGAAAGAAGUUCUCUGCGUGCGGCGAAAUUGUCAGCGUUGAGAUGCCAAAGAAGCUCUGUUUCCUGACCUUUGCCUCCGCUGCCGGCAUGAAGAAGGCUCUGGAGCUUGAUGGGCAGGAGUUCAAUGGUGAGGGCUUCAAAGUCAAGCCGGCCAUUGACAAGCAGCUUCAAGGCUCUAAGCGAGGCGGGGGCGAUCCUCGCCAAGGUGGUGGAGGCAAAGGCAAAGGAAGGCAAGGCAAGGAUGGUAAAGGCAAGAAAGGAAAGGGGAAAGGCAAGGAGAAAGGCAAGGACAAAGGCAAGGGAAAAGAUGCGGCCAAGGGAAAAGGGAAGUCAAAAGGAAAAGAUGGCAAGGGCUCCAAGGGGGCGAAAGGGAAACACAAGAAGAAAGGCAAACAGAGCUAG